UAUGGGAGGCGCGUGACGCGCGCUGACGUCAGGGCGCAUGAACGCAGAGGUCCGGCGCCUGGAGUUGAAAGUAACGUUCAAGGAAAUUAUACCCGCAAAGAGAAUAAGCCUUUGCUGCAUGGUAUUCAGUCUGCUUUGUACAUUUUAAAUGAUCGGAAGUUACAUAUAUUGUUUUGUCAGCCGGAUUAGUAAAUACAGGCUUGCCUGCUAGCUCAGUGUUGUUAGCAAACUUGGUUGAGCGUAACUAGACAGCUAGCUCGCUAAAAUAGAGGAUUUGCGUUUACUAAUGACUUAUAGCUCUUGAACCGGUGUCUGUGUUGUUGCUGGGCUAAUGGGAAAGUAAGAACUUUUUUACGUAAGGCGGAAAAAAUACGUGGUCCGCUGAUCUUGUUUGUUCUUCUUUCUUUAUAACAUGGAGGAAUAAAACAGAAUAGGCCCGGGGAUGAAAACAAUGAGCCGAUCGGAAAGGCGGAGAGCAGAGAGCAGAUCGCGCCGCUUUAGGAAGUAAAUCGGAACCGCUGGUUCCUGGAUGUAUGAAGUUGGGCCCAAAUGGGCUCUUGGUGAAUGUUUUGGAUGUAAGUGACGGGGACGUUUCUGUGGCUGGGUGAUGCAGGCCCUGACCUGGAGCCUGGAGACUCGGCUCGUUUGACAAGUUCCCCCGAUUUAGUAGUUAACUAAGUUUUAAUGCAAGUCCUGUCGCCGGAUCGUGGCGUGGAGUUAAUGACAGACCCUUUUUGCCUUUGAAAAAAAUAUACAAACAAAAGCAGUAAAAAUAUUAAAAGUCAUGCAAUGCAACAUGAAUGUAUUUAUUUGUAGUAUGGAUACUGGAGACCGAUAUCAGUCAAUAGCGUGACAAACAUGUAAAUGUCAGGGGCUCCUGAAAUUGGAUGCUGCCACAGAUGAUUUUAUCGGCACUUGUAAUCUGAGGGGAGAUGCGGUCCUUAUACUCCCCUCGUCUGAAAGACCGUAUAAUAAGCAAAGCAAAUACUUGAUUCUGGGUUAUUGGCAAAAUUUGCAGGGUGGGGGGCAAAAUGAAGGUGCAGUCUGAUGCAAAUAUGAAUCUGUCCAAGGUGUCAUUAAGUGAAGUUAUGGAGCAUAAAGAAAUGACUAUCAAAGCGGACAGACAAAGACAUUUCAUUUUGCACAGUCCCGACCGUGUGGCUUUUGAAGAAAUCGACGAAGGAUCGCAGCCGGAUUCCACGUCUGUGCAGAAUAGCGAUGGGGAGACGCCAGCCGCAAUCUGGGGAAAUAACGCCGUGGGAGUGGAAGAUACCGCGGCUGAAAUAUCGGAGGACAGUUCAAGCACGUUAAACGAAGAUGACGAUCUGAGCUACGAGCUGCAGCAGGCGCAUAGGAUCCUUCACGGCUUCCUGCUGGAGAAACACAAGGGAGUCACGGCUCCGUUCAUGCAGCCGCUGUGUGGCGGGGAGGAAACGGGAGACGGAGAUCACGGCAAGCGGCCCGUGUGCUUUCGCAGGAUCGAGGAGAAGUUCCUGAACAGGGAAUACGAGAGUAUCACCGAGUUUGUAGCAGACUUCAGGCUGAUGUUGGAGAAUUGUUACAGGUACCACGGUGUGGACCACUGGAUCUCCAAACAGGCGCAAAAAUUAGAAAUCAUGCUGGAGCAGAAGCUGACUUUGCUCUCCAGGACUCUCAGAGAGAAGACCACUCUGGCCGUAACCUCGAAGGGUCGUUUUGGCACAGAGGAGGAGAAAGGGCCCGGCACUACCUCUACGCGACGCCGCUCCACCCCCCGUAACCUUACGCCCGUCACCGUGGGGGUCAGUGAGUCUCUCAUGGUGCAGGUGCUGAGACUGGAAGAGCAGCAGAGAGCCAAGGAAGAGAAGAGGCUGAGGGAGCAGGAAAAGAAGGAGGCAGAGGAGGCCAGCGCCAAAGAGCUGGAUGACUGGGAGCGAAGCCUGCUGGCCAAUGCCGCCCCAUGGUCGGUGGAGACGCUGUGGGAGCUGCCCGCCGUCGGCCACUUCCUGUGUCUGGCACAGACUGUGCUCAACCUCCCCGAGAUAGUCUUCUUCGAGCUGGAGCGCUGCCUGCUCAUGCCGCGGUGCAGCACCUUCCUGGCCAAGGUCAUGACGUCGCUGCUGUGUCACCCGCAGAGGCGAGCCACCCUGCACCGGCGACCUCCGUUUACCUACCGCCGCUGGGAAGCGGCCCUCCGGCACAAGGUCUCCGGCUGGUACCAGCUCAUGGGGCAGUCGGAGGACACGGCGGCAUGCGCCGAGCAGCUUGGCCUCUCCCCGCAGUUUUUCCAGGCGCUAGGAGAGACCAGCCCGCUGGAGGAGAAACCCUUCCACCAGCUGCCAUUCGACCAGCGCGUGUGGCUGCUUAAGGGCUUGUGCGACUUCGUGUAUGAAAACCAGAAGGAGGUGCAGGACGCGGUGCUUAGCCAGCCCAUCCACGAGUGCCGGGAGUCCAUCCUCGGGUACGACGGGCGAGAGAACGCCUAUAUUCAUUUCCCACAUUUCUGUGGGGCGGAUCUGCGCAUCUAUUGCCAAAGUCCAAGCACCCCUCCUAAGUUCCCCCCUCCAGCCAUUCGGGUUAGAAGACUGGAAAAGGUGAAAAAGGUGGAAGCCAUCAUGCAGCCCGAGGGACCAACGGCGCCAGUAGAAAAUGAGAAGAAAGACAUGAAGAAUGAACCUGCCUGUUUCAACUCAGAAAUGAAAGAAAGAGAGAACAUGCCUGCAGUGAAUUCAUGGGGUCUGACGGAUCACCAGUAUAGGCUAGACCUACAAAUUAAAGCAGAAUCUGCGGAGGUAGGACAAACUGACAUACACUCUCCGUGUGGAGGACAUUUCGACUCUUGCGAUAUUAAGGGUGUUAAAAUCCAGUCGAUAGACGUAGGAUGUAAGGCCGAGACGAAGGUGGAGCAUUUGUCGUUAGUUGCGCCAGUGUCCUGUGACCCGGGCGUGCCGGUGGCAGAUGCAGAAGAGGUCCCACAGACGCGGUCAUCUGCACAUCCAGGGGAGAUCCCGCGUAACCCGGGCCUGGACCGCGUGGAAGGAAACAAGUUUCCAACCGAUAUCCAGGAACCCGCAUGUGGCACCGACGAGGAUCCACAACUGGAAUACCGCCAGGGUUGCUCGAUAGUCCCGCUGCACAGAACGGCUCCUUCCGAGUCUCCCCGUCCGGAAGGCUGCGCCGAGGGGAAAUCGAGCCGGACGCGGACGAAGAAGAAAAAAAGGAAGAAAAAGAAAAUGAAGGAAGAGGGUGGGCCCGAGAGACGCGGCAAGUCUGCUGCAACCCGACCCAAGGUGACCAAGAUGGGGAUUCAGAAGAGCACAGCGGCUCAGAAGAAGAAGGGAAAGCGGAAGAAGCUCAGGGCAGAAAAAAAGUUUGAUUCCAAAAAGUUGACGUCAAAGAAGAGAAAGACUGGUCCCAAACUACCAGCCGAGCCAAAAUUUCAGCUCGUGUGCUCCAGCGUGGAGGAACUCAGAGUGCUGAUCAGCAAAACUGAAGAUGAACUGGAAGAGCUGGAAAGCACCAGAAAGAAAUCUGUUAGUAAGAGAGGGAGCGCAGAACUGCGAACAUCGAUCAUUUCUGGAAAGUGGUACUCGAGGAGACAGGCGGUGAAGGAGUUACACAUCACCCUCAUCAGGCUCCUGAAUGAGCUCUCGCCCUGGGAGUCCAAGAUUAUUAAGGCCUUUCAGAGGAACAGGGCGCGGUUAAAAAAGGACUACGAGGAUUUCAGAAAGCAUCCCGAAUACCACAGCUUCGUCAGGGAGGAAUGGCUCGAGGAUGACAGGGAUGGGGUUGUGGCAAAAGACGGCCACUCCUCGGAUAACCCAAAAGCGACCGAGAGAGCUGAGAAAUUGGACCAGGUAGUGAAGAAGGAUGCAGUGAAAACAGAAGACACUAAGCAGCAAGCCGUGGAAUCAUCCCGGAGGACUCGCACUCCUAGGCAAGAAACUGUAGGCCUGGAUGAGCACAGAACACCUUUUAGAAUCGCGAAGCGUGCACCGAGUGGCAACGCUGAUGAAGAACUGAGAAAGAAACUCAAAAUUACUGGUGAGGAACAAGCCAGUCCUGCAGUGCCAGCUGAAGUCAAGGAAUCAAACCCAACAGUAGAAUCCUUGGUCGCAGAAACCAGCAAGGUUGCAGCACCUAUGGCUGUUUUUCUAAAGGGCUCCAAGCCCAUCCAGGCCUUGUUAGCUAAGAGUAUCGGGAACAAGGUGACCUUAAUCAGUCAGCCUGCUGCAGCUGCCAUGGUCAACCAAAACAAAUCAGAGAUUCCCCAGAAAAUGUCAAAACCCUUGGCAAGCCCCGGGAAAGCACUACAAUCCUCAUUCACACCAAAGAGUCUUGUGCAGAGUCCAGUGCAGGGCAUCUACAAGAUAUCGGACGGCAUGGACCUACUCGGCAAAAGCACCAGCCCAGAGAAGAUUGCAUUACAGCCAGUGCUGGACCAGAAAAUUGGGAAGAAGGCCAUGCAACAGGUGGUCAUCUUACCUACGAUGAAAGAGCCUCUGCAUCACAAUAUAACGACAGUUUCUGUCUCAAAACCAUCUGCUACACUCUCCGAUGCCCCUGGCAAAGCUGCAGUGAAUAAUACAAACAAGGUCCCCAUACAGCAAGUUUCUCCACUGCCUGAUGCCUGUAACAGGAAGCCACUUAGUUCUGCCGUUAUUUCUACUUUACCAACAUCUCCAAAGACCUAUUAUGCUGGUAAUUCUGUUUGCCAAGCAGGACCUGCCCCUAGUGACAUCCAAAAUAGACUCUCUCUGACGAGUUUGGCUUCAGCCAGUCCCAGCAAAUCUGACUCCAAACAAGAACUGAAGACUGUAUGCAUAAGGGAUUCGCAAUCGAUUCUUGUCACCACUAGAGGAGGCAACACAGGAGUGGUGAAGGUUCAAACCUCUGACCAGUCUGUUUCUGGUUUCUUAGCCUCCAGCCCUAUCAUCACUAUCUCCCCACACCUCCAAGCCUUCCUUGUUUCCAAAUCCUCACCAUCGGUAGCUGCUUCUACAGUAGUUUCCAGUACAACAGAAACUACCACAUCAUCUGCCCCUUCUUCACUUAGCAGUUCUCUGACAAAUUGUGUAUCUCCAUGCCCAUCUGCUGUUUCCAUUCCAGUCAGUGCAGGUCAGAGAGUAGGCAACAUUGUCAACUUUGCCUUAAACCAGACCCAGGACAGUGUUUCUGCACCAUUAACUGCAUCCAAAUGUAAUAUAACAACACAAGCUUUGACUCCCAAGAAUUCUACAUUGCCUGUGGUUCCACAGACCAACCUAAAUUUGCCGACAUCCUCAGCUAAAAGUGACUUAGUAGUCACUCAGACUUCCUCAACACUCUUUGCUACACAGCCUCUAACUACAAUGGCUCAACCAGCAGAAGGACUAGCUGAAAGGCCUUCCAUGCAAAGGGUCAUCCUUGUUGCUCCAUCAUCAACCAUUGCUACUUCUGCAGUAACAGCAAAAGUGCCGCCAACUUCCUCUACUGUUCCGGCACCUAGACUCAUCUUUAUUAGUCAGGCAUCUUCCUCUGUGGAACAGCCUCUAGUUAGCAUUCCAAAAAAAACAACAUCUAGCGAUUCCAUGGCAAUAUCCCUCACUUCAACAUCUCAAAUCGCUGACAUGAAGAUUGGGCUCAACCUUAGUCAAGCCAUUGUCAACACAACCAGCUCCUUGCAGAAAGUUCCAACCAGUGGUCUUUCAGAUUUGUCCAACAAGCUACGAGCUGAGGCCUUUAGCGUUGGCCUCCCUGUAGCGGGAUCAGAUUCAAAAUGCACACCUGUAACUGCAUCCAAAGUAAGUGUUGUGGAAACUGCAUCAGGUGGGAAAGCUGUCACAUUCCCUGCUCUGAAAGCAGGGAAUUUAGUAUCCUCUACACUUCCAGUGCUUUCCCAGCAGCACAGUGCUCUUUCACCCCGAGCCUCUUUGAUUCCUAGUGUGGGCAAAACAGCAACAGCCCAAUCAGAGGGCAGCUCUUUAAAGAGUGUUGUGGCCUCUUCUGUGAAGAGUUUAGUCAACAAAGACUGUGCUUUGAUACCUAAAGCCCCCACAGGAACUACGAUACCAGGCCUCGUCUUUAAUAAACCCCAGUUUCAGGCAUCAGCAAUGUCAAAACCCGUCCCCUUCAAAAUUUCUCCUGUGAUACUCCCUCCUGUCUUACAGUCUCAAGACUGCACCAGCCCAAGUAAGUCAUUUAGCACUACUCCUAGUGCCCCCCAGGCAGCACAACAUGCCAUAGUCCCACCCCCAUAUGAAUCCAACACCAUGCAACAGAAGAUUCUGAUUAACACUGCAACCCCUCUGUCACCUGGGAGUCAUAUCGUUAUCAACAACACCCGAUUCAUUGUCCCUGCUCAAGGACUUGGGCCAGGGAGUCAUAUGCUCCUCAUAUCCAGCCCAGUUGUGCCCCUGUCAACUCCUCAAGGACCAAGCCUUUCAUCCACUUCCCAGAGGGGUCCUGCAACAUCCGUUGCAGCAGCUCCUGUACUGUCUGCUGGACAGAACCCAAGAAAAUACACACCAAGCACACAGCCCCUGCACGGACCUUAUAUACCACCGUCACCCUCUAGUGUUAAACUGGGUUCCUCUUAUACAUGUUCUACUCCUCAGAUGACUGUUGUUGCGAACACAACUAAAUCCCCACUGCCUACUGGCAACACCACAUCAGUAGCACAGGUCCCACAGCUAUUUGCAGUUGCAUCCACACUGUGCCAAACUCUACCUAAUUCUCAGACUGCCCCUUCGGCCCUCUCUGCCGAAGCGAAAGGCUCGUUGGCUACUUUGUGUCAAGCAGCAAGUAACCAAAUGAAAGAAGCGAUUCCACUGGCUUCCCAGAUGCCAGGAAGCCCACCGGGUGCCACAAAAGCAGCACCUUGGCAAAUAGGACUUGCAAAUGUUGUAGCUAGCACAAAGCUCACGCCAGCUGUACCGACGGUGGGUGCCAUCAUUUCCAGGACACAGGUGUUACCUACAUCAGCUGUUCCUCCUUUUGGGAGUACAGUAUCCAGGAUACAGUCUCUGCCUGUCGCCACAGUAUUACCUGUAGGGAGUACAUUUAAUAGGAGACAGGCAUCCCCAAUAGCGACCGUACCACCGUCUAAUAACACUGUCAUAGUAGCAUCAGGUCAAUCGGUCAGGACGGCAAUAUUUGAAUCUUCCAGCAUGACUCCAGGUCAAACCAUUCUCUCCCAGACUCCAAGCAAACCUUCAUCACAGGUCUCCACUCCAGCCGCCGUGACUAGUGCUUCCAUCGAUAAACUAAUGGUGAGUCCAGAAGGCGCUGUUUUAAAUGCCAUCAGAAGCCCCGCGGUUUCCAGUCUGCCAACAGCGUCUAAGACUUCGGCCACUGUGGUUGUCACCCAUAGCUCUGGUACAGGCAGAGUGCUUCCUUCCUUGAAGACCGAUGAUCCUUUGACCCCUGCACAUGCAGAAAAAGCACGUCCCAGUGACUGAGGUGUAAAACGCAAGGGUGAUACAAAAACAUUCAAAUUGCUUAUUGUCUAAAACCGAUUUCUGAUGUGAAAACAAUUAUCAGUAGUUUUCUCUGGAGGAAAAUAAGCUUUCAAUGACGUGUUUUGUAGCCCUGCAUAUAGUAAAGAGAAAAUACUAUAUGUCAUAGAAGAAAUUCUCAGUCUUCGGUUAUAUUCAAUAAGCAAGAUUUGCUUAUGGAUUUUCUUACACAAAACAGUGAUUGUAGGGUCUGAUUUCACAGUAAUGUCCAUGGUUUACAUAGAGAAAACAUUUAAUGGCCAGUCUACCGAUCUCUAUGUCAUUCAAGUCUGCAGGAUUUUCUUUUCCGUUAAGGUUGUAUGUGUGACAGUAGCAAAUGAAUGUUAUUCUAGCAUUUAUAUUUAAUCAUUCAGUAUGAUUUUAUUUGUGAAUAAUCUGCCGCGUAUUUUAGGCUAGUUGUCUUAGGAUUCGUUUCCCCACCUUGUAAGGCAGAAAUUCACAUUUAGCAUUUGUCAGAUGUUGCAACCGUAGUGUGUCUGUUCGAUUUGCCUGUAAACUUUUCAUUUGACCAGUUUUAAAUUAUUUAUACACCCUCUGGGAAUAAAUAGUGACCUUUUACAUUUUAGAUAUUCAUCUGAAUGAUUGUGCACUUGUAUACUGUUUCAAGUCACUUAUUGUAUAAUAUUUGGAAAAUAUUUAUUUCCCGUUGUAUACCAUAUAGGUUUUUUCAAAGUAUUUUAGUAGGUAUUUUGGACCAUUUGCAUUGGGUAAGUUAUGGCAGAAAUAUCUGCAUGGAAAUAAAAGUGAUUUGUACAUCA